CAAGCAGGCCAUGCACCGGGUCACCUUUACUCAACAAGAGCAGCAGAGUAGCACCAAGGCUUUCACCGCAGCGCUCGUGAUGAAGCUACAGACUACCCUCGCUGUCCUCAGCCUCCUGCUGGUGGGCUCCUGGGCCCUGCUGCCACCAAUGCCCAACAUCACCCUGCCGUCCUGCAACUCCCUGGAAGCCCAGGAAGGCGCACAGGUGGCUCUCGACUUCAUCAACAACCAGCACACUCACGGCUACAAGUACGCCCUGAACCAGAUCGAGGACAUCAAGAUCUACUCCAUGCCUGAUGGGAAGGAGGUCUACAAGAUGGAACUGGAGUUCCUGGAGACUAAGUGCCAUGUUCUAGACCCCACACCCUCAGCUCUGUGCCCGGUUAGACCCAAACAUGAAACGGCAGUGGAGGCCGACUGCGAUGUGGCUCUCUCCAAAGCCGCUGGUGUCCUGUCUGUCGUCGCCUUCAAGUGUAAAACAGAAACAGAGACUCCUGACCACUCCUGUGUGGGCUGCUUUGACCUCAUUGCAUUUAAUGACACUGAUGCCGCUCAGCUGAUCCAAGGCUCACUGGACGACUUCAACAGAAAUAACAACCUCAGUGCUGUUUUCGCACUUCUUGAGGUCGGCCGACUCUCAUCUCAGGUCGUGAAAGGUGUGCUCAAAAUCAGAGCUGAAUAUGCCAUCAUUGAAACCAACUGCACAGGCAUUGAUGACGGUGCCUGCGUCCCUCUGAGUCACACCGUUGCUCGCCACGGCUUCUGUCGUUCUGAAAGUCUUAUUUCGCCGGUUGACUGCAAAAUCUUCCAUCCCCUGAUUCAACUUGUUGACCCGAAUGUCAAUGCUAGUGUUGCUGCUGCACCGCCUCCGGUUCUCCUGCAUGCUCACACUGCAGGACCUGGCUACUCGCCCGCCAUCCAUACCCUCAAACACCACAAGCUGACGCCUCUUCACGACCCCACGGCCAGCGGCCUGGUCUCUGCAGAGUCUGCCGAGUCACGGGAGGCUACGGUAGUCCUGGAUGUACCCACUGCUCCCAUUGUGAAGAGGGAUGUAGCCCCAGUAGUGGUCGGCGCACAACCUGCAGACGCACCAGUGGCUGGUGCCGUACCGCUUAUCCGGUGCCCAGGGAGGGUCAUACAUUUCUGAGCCAGUUGCACUUUAAGACCACAGUCACAAUACUUACUCUGAUUUACUUCCAACAUAUAUAUACACACAUACAUACAUAUUCAAUAUUCCUGUCACAUGCAUGAUCCACAUGUGACACAUCCAUAUGAUGACCACCCUGAUAUAUAUGGGCAUGUACAGUGACAAACCUAUAGAUAAAAAAAUAAAUAUAUAUAUAUAUAUAUGUGUGUUCUAAUCUGGUCUUAUUAUAGUAACACAUAAACAUGAAAAUUUGGAGUCAUCCCACUUCGACUCUGUAACAUUGUGUUUCUAAGCCGUACAUCUGCCCAUUCCAUGGUUUGUUUGGUUUGUUGGAGUACUGAGAUCAACAGCUGGCUGAAAACUGGGCCGUAUUCCUGACACGGUUUGGGAUGAAUGUUUUAUCCUGCAUGUUCAAGCAGUUCCCACUUCAAAUGGUGCUAAAGACUAUGUAGCCUAGCUGUAGGCCCAGUUUCACCUGUACCAUUUUAAUGUAAUAAAUGACCUUCAGUCUCAGA